CUCCAUCGCAUCUGCCUCCUCAUCCCGCAGCCUGCCGACAUGGUCUUCAAGGCUCUCUCCUGCUGCUUCGGGGGGUCCGCGGGCUCAGCAUCUGUCCGCGAGGCGCCCGAGGAUGCCUCCUCUGUCGUCGUCCCCCAGGCACCAUCAACCCAGCCCAACUUUGUGCCAACGAUGGACCUGUUCGACCCGUGGGUGCACCCUGUCGAAGCAAUCAUCAAGACGGCCCAGGAAGAGCCCAAUGCGCUCGCCAUCUUGACCCUCGAGAACGGCGUGCUCGAGCGAUACACCUACCUUCAGUUGUGGCAGCGGGCAUACUCGAUUGCCCAGGGCCUCAAGGCUCUGCCCGGAUGGGACGACGAAGACCACGAAGUCGUUGCCCUCUACUGCGAGGCCGAGUCGCACUGGGCGUUCUACUCGAUGGCCAUCUGGAUGCUCGGAAAGAGAGUCAUCAACCUUGGUCUCAACUGGCCUUCGGCGGUUCGCAAAGCUCUAUCCGAGCGACUCAAGAUGAAGUUCGUCCUCUAUCACUACGUCAAGCCCGGCCGCGUUGCUGGCCUUGAGGCCAUCGACGCUGGCAACCUCCCGCAGCUGGCCGACAUUCCGUCGCCGUCUAUCAGCGUGUGUCAGCCUCUGGACGACUACAUUGCCUAUAUGAGCACCUCCGGCACCACAGGUGUGCCCAAAACCUACCCGGUAUCCCAUCGAUCUAUCGAACCGAGCCGUCCAAACAUGGCAUUCUUCAAGGGCUCGACAGGAAUCUUCCAGGCUCCCUCGUUUUCAAUCCCGCUUUGGUGCUUUGUCAUUGCUUUCAACACCAGAAGCUCGGUUUGGUUCGCCAAGCCUACACCCAACCCCAUCGAAAAGUCUGAGAGUGUCAUUGGACUCAUGAACGAAGGCCUCGAGUUCUUCUUCUCGCCCCCUUCGUUCGUCAAGAUGUUCUUCCGUGUUGCUGUCUCCAAGUAUCGCAACAUUUCGUGGACGAAAACCAGAAAGUUGAGUCUCGGCUCAGAGCUCGUGCCGCUCUCGCUCGUCCGCCAAGCCAGAGAGCUCUGUCCAAAUGCUCUGGUCCAAUGCGCUUACGGAUCCAGCGAGACCGGUGUCAUCGGAGCGCUCUCUACCCUUGUGCUGAAGCCAACGGACCCGAAUCCCAGCAAACUUGUGUACAGCAUCAAGAAGCCCGGGGUCCGAUGUCUCCUUCUCGACGAGGAGGGCAACCUCCUCGACCGCAGCACCUCGAGCCAUGGCAUCCUCGUUUUCGCUGUCGACAAGGACGAUCCGAUCCGUGACCACCCCAACUUUGUUAACUCUGACCCCAGCGAUAAGCUGGCUCCCUUUGGCUUCCUCCCUGAUGGCUCGCCUCGUGUCUGCACCAUGGACUGGGUCGAGAUGGCUGGAGAGAGAGAAUUCACUGUGAUCGGAAGAUUCGGCCAGAAGAUCAAGGUCAACGGUGUUUACGUCGACCUCAACGCCCUCGAGGAACUGGCCAACGAGCAUAUGAGCCGGAUCAUUUCCGAUUGCACCUUUGUCCAAACCUCCGAGAAGAAGAUCGUGAUGCUUUACGUCCCCAGGAAGGGAUCCGAGGUCUACAUGACUCCCGCCGAGAUUCUCCAGAUGGCCCAGGAUGUCUUUGCCCUCAAGAACGUCGCCAAGUUCCCGAUCCACAACUGCUUCGAACUCCACGAAGUCCCCUUCAACGACUCGGGCAAGCGCGACCUCAAGAAGCUCAGGCGCAUCGCCGAGAACGUGGGUCUCUAUGGCAAGUCGGUCGAGUACCCCCCUCUGGACGUGGAUGACUCUGCUCUGUCUCGCAUCGCGAUCAAAAUCUCGACUCUUGGAAGUCGGAUCCUUGAAGCCGAAGCGCUCGACGGCCGCAACUUCUACAUUGCCGGUGUCGGUUUUGACUCGCUGAGUGUCGGUCGCCUCGCUCUUGCCAUCAAGGACGAGUUUGAUGUCGAGAUCUCGCCGCUGAUCCUGCUGUCGAACGGAAUGACGCCGCUCGAUGUCGCCCAGCUCGUGAUCGACAUCCUCGACGACAAGCCCCUCAUUCCCCCGACUGUUGAUCUGGCUGCCGAGGCCGCCAAGCUCGACGAUGCGAGUGUGACGGCCGAGGGUCUCCCUCCGUUUGUCUAUCCCAAGGAGGUCCGGGGCAUUGUCCUGACCGGUGCCACUGGCUUCCUCGGCGCCUUCCUCAUCUUCGAACUGGCCAACAAGUUCCCCCGCGCCAAGUUCUACUGUCUGGUUCGAGCUCACAACGAGACAAUGGCAUUCCUCCGUAUCUUUUCCAACGCCUCGAAGCUGGUGAUUGCGUCGAGAAAGCCCGGCGAUCCGUGGUACGAUGUGCGAGACCGAUUCAUUGGUCUGCGCGGCGAUCUGUCGCAGGACAAGUGGGGACUCUCGGACGACCAAUGGAAGGAGAUCAGCGAGGAGACCGACAUGAUUGUCCACAACGGCGCCGAGGUCCACUGGCUCUUCAACUACGAGCGACUCAAGGGACCCAACGUCCUCGGCACGGCGACGGCCCUGCGACUGGCCACCACGCACCACCUGAAGGUACUCCACUACAUCUCGACCAUCGGCACGGUUCCCAUAGUCAAGAACUCCAAAGAACCUCUCAAGGAGGCGAUCCACUCGGCCUGGAACAUCUCUGGCGGCUAUUCGCAGACCAAGUGGGUCUCUGAGCAGCUGGUCAACAAGGCACGAUCGAGGGGAGUGCCGGUAACGAUCAUUCGCCCAGCUGGUAUCGUUGGCGACACUCGCUAUGGAGCAUGCAACACCGAUGACUACAUCUGGCGAUAUGUCAAGGGAUGCAUCCAGCUCGGCGUUGCUCCCUCGCACGCCACUCCCGUCACCAUCACUAUGGAUCCCGUCGACCACGUCGCCAAGGUGGUUACCGAGAUUGUCGGUUCGGAGGAGGCCCUGUCCAAGUUUGUGUUCCACAUCAGCGACUCGGAGCACAGUGUCAUCUCCGAGACUAAGCUCUUCGAGAUCGCCAACGCUCACGGCUGGCCUGUCCUCUUCGAGACGCGCGAGCAGUUCAAGACCCUCCUCGAGGCCAAUCCGUCCAUCGAGAACAACGCCCUGUUCCCGCUCAUGCAUAUGAUGAUGGAUAUGUCCAUGCAGGUCGACAACACCAACACUCGCUCGAUCUACCCGACCCCCUGCCCCUCCAUUACCAUGGUCGCCAAGAAGAGUCUCAACUACCUGUAUUUUGCACGUUUCCUGGACGAGCCCAAAUUCCCGUCGAGCAGCCUCAGGGAAGAGGAGUAUCCCGAAGUCCCCAUCUUCAGUCGCACUGGUCGCCACUGAUCGCCAAGAUCACUCCAACCACCCUUGCCGCUGGACUCUUUCUCAUUUACCGGACUCGCUCAUAACGAGCGGCAGCGACCCGUAGCGUCACGCUGUCGUACACUCCAAACUGGGCUUGCCCAGAUCUUGCCCUUGACGAUGUAUUGUCUCCUCACCUCUUUCAUUUCUUGCGUCAGCACCGAUGCUGGCGGUGUCUCCUCCCCUUUCCAAUCCACGCGUUCUUGCCCCCUCCCCAUUUCGCUCGUGUCUCUCCAAUUUCUUAUCAGUCCCAUGACCGCCUCAGCUUCUCCUCAUAUCCUUCGUUUCCUUUUCAGCUACUGAGCCGCUCUAUCACCCAAAUACAGCAAAUUGAUAUUGA